CCCAGAAACAUAGCUCGCGAAAAUGCAGAGACUCCUCUCAUCAAGCCUCCUCUCCAAGCGAUUCACAAACAGUUGCACUUCUUCACUUCUCCAUUCUCAACCUCACAAUUAUUUCGCUUCUCUCCCCAACCCGAAAAACUUCCUUCUUCAGUCUCAUCCUUUUCUUUCCUCUUAUGGUAAAUGCCCAAUUCGUCGUUCCCAUUCUUAUCACCCACAUCUCAAUGUUAAGGGCAGUAUUUUCCCCUGGUUCCGUCCCAAUCCCUCACUUCCCAAGCAGUUCUCGUCAAAUUCGCGCAAUGCCCACUUCAGGGAAGCCAGCGGAAGUCUCGUUCGACGCAAAGCUGGGGUUCUGGAGGCUCGUUUCGCUAGGGGAUACCGUGGAUUUGACAGGGGUUUACGUUCUUCCGGUCGUGACUGUUAACCACGAUUUCCUCUUCUUUUAUGCAAUUCCGAGACUCAUUGCUCGGAAUGGUGCUUCGUGUAUCUUAAAAUCUGACAAUAGCGGUCAUGCUGGUAAUCUAUCGCAUAGUUUGAGAUUAUGGUUUCAGCAGCUAACACCUAACGACAUGGUUUUGGGCUUGAUUAUGGCCAAUGCUGCUGUUUUCAUGUUGUGGCAGAUUGCAGACCGGAGAUUUAUGGUGGAAAACUUUAUGAUUUCAUUGGACAAUUUUAGAAGUGGCCGCAUUCACACAUUGAUUACAUCUGCAUUCAGUCAUAUGGAUAUCGAACACCUUCUUUCAAACAUGAUUGGGCUUUACUUCUUUGGGGUGAAUAUUGCUGAAAAUUUUGGACCAAAAUAUUUGUUGAAGUUGUAUCUCUGCGGAGCAGUUGGAGGCUCGGUGUUAUACUUGUUGCACCACUACUUGAUGGCUCUAUCAUCAAAGGAACAAGGAAUCUGGAAGAGAGACCCCUCAAGGACUCCUGGACUGGGAGCCAGUGGGGCUGUGAAUGCCAUCAUGCUGCUUGAAAUUUUCUUGAAUCCAAGGGCUACCAUUAUGUUUGAUUUCAUCAUCCCAGUUCCAGCCAUGUUACUGGGUGUCUUUUUGAUCGGGAAAGAUGUGUGGAGAAUAGUACAGGGAGAUAGCAAUAUCUCAGGAUCAGCGCACUUGGGUGGUGCUGCAGUUGCAGGUCUAGCAUGGUAUCAAAUUAGGAGAGGACGUUUCUGAGAUGUUGUGUAUCUUAUUGAUGGUGAUGGUAAGUGGUAACUAACAGCAAGAGGAAUAGAUUGAGUCUCUAGUUCUGGAGAUUGGCAAGGUUAACACAUUGGUUAGAAAGUAGUAAGGAAACUCAAGUCCGAGUCGGUUUGGUGUCUGAACCAACUGGGAAUAAGUAGAUGAUAAUAGGUUCUGUACAAGUUGCUUAGAACUGUUUGAUCGCACGGACUUGAAUUAAACUCUGCAGUGAAUUCUAGGAAGCAUCUUUGAAUUUCCAUGAUUUGCUAGGCCGUGGCGGAUUCCGGUUUCCGGAAUUUUUUUAUAAAGGGGUUCAUCUUCUAAAAUACAA